UAGAGCGUUUCCCGACGUCGUCGCCUUUACGUUAGUUUUGUAGUAAAAGUAUUGUAGUCAUAUUUUUAUAAAUUUACACGCUUUGUAAAUACAAACAUUGAAGGAAAGUUGCUUGAAAAUGACUUGGGGAUUUGUCACGUGUGGUCCAAAUGAAGCAUUAGUCAUCUCGGGUUGCUGCUACGGCAAACCGCAUCUCGUUCCAGGAGGAAGGGCUUUCAUCUGGCCCAUUAUUCAAAGCAUUCAAAGAAUUUCGCUAAACACCAUGACUUUACAAGUGGAUAGUCCCACAGUGUAUACAAGCCAAGGAGUGCCAAUAUCAGUAACAGGAAUCGCACAGGUGAAAAUACAGGGGCAAAACGAGGAAAUGCUUUUGGCUGCGUGCGAACAAUUCUUGGGGAAAAAGGAAAUUGAGAUACAGCACAUUGCUUUGGUAACGCUAGAGGGCCACCAACGGGCGAUUAUGGGAUCCAUGACCGUCGAGGAAAUCUACAAGGACCGGAAGAAGUUCAGCAAGCAAGUUUUUGAAGUUGCGUCCUCCGAUUUGGUUAACAUGGGAAUUACUGUAGUCUCUUACACCUUGAAGGAUAUCAGAGACGAGGAGGGUGCUAAGGGUUACUUAAAAAGUUUGGGUAUGGCUAGAACUGCGGAGGUGAAGCGAGACGCGCGUAUUGGUGAAGCAGAGGCGCGCGCUGAGGCACAAAUUAAAGAAGCGAUAGCGGAAGAGCAGCGGAUGGCUUCCGUUUUUCUAAACGACACGCAGGUAGCAAAGUCUCGGCGAGAUUUCGAAUUGAAAAAAGCCGCCUACGAUGUUGAAGUGCAAACGAAAAAGGCCGAGGCGGAAUUGGCGUACGAUCUCCAGGCUGCCAAGACUAAGCAGAGGAUCAAAGAGGAGCAAAUGCAAAUCAAGGUGGUAGAGCGCACGCAAGAAAUCGCCGUACAGCAGCAGGAGAUUGCAAGACGCGAGCGAGAACUGGAGGCUACCGUACGUCGACCGGCGGAAGCGGAAAGAUUUCGCCUGGAGAAGUUGGCCGAAGCCAAUCAUAAUAGGAUUAUCUUGGAGGCGGAGGCGGAAGCCGAGGCGGUUCGAUUAAAAGGGGAGGCCGAAGCUUUUGCGAUAGCUGCAAAGGCGAAAGCUGAAGCCGAGCAGAUGGCCAAAAAGGCCGAGGCUUGGAAGGAGUAUCGGGAGGCGGCGAUGAUUGAUAUGUUUUUGGAUGUGUUACCGAAGGUGGCCGCAGAGGUCGCAGCACCUCUUUCGCAGGCGAAGAAAAUCACCAUGGUUUCUAGUGGUCACGGUGAAAUAGGCGCCGCGAAACUAACAUCGGAAGUAUUGAGUAUCGUCACAAAAGUGCCGGAUCUAGUAAAAACUAUGACCGGCGUUGACAUCGUUAAGUCCGUUCACGCUAUCUAAAACGACCAUAAUGCUUUUCCAUUGAUCUACGCGGUGUGUCUCUGUAAUAAUUAAUAUCCUAGCUUUGUAUUAAUGUAACUGUCCUCCUUUAUGACGUUCAAUGAUCCAGUUAGAGAUACCUGCCCUUAAAGAUGGUAUCGUUUGUUGCACAUGAAAUUAGAUUAUAUAUUGUAUAACAUCCAAUGGUAAAUAUCUAGCCUUAAAGUAUACUUAAGUAUACCUUAAUUAUAUUUUCUAUGGAAAUGUUGAUGAAUAACCUUAACAGAAAUAUAUGGUUUCUAACGCC